UCCACCAGGUGCCUUACCUCAAAAUGGCGACUUCCAUUUGUUAGAAGGCGGCUUGCGGCGGAAGCCAAGCGGGAGCAGACAGGAGUGUUUGUAGCUGAACGCCUGCAAGAUUGCUAAACGCACACAUUUUCGAAACAUGUAUUCCUCCUUUGCGCCUCACGUUCGAAAUUACCUGCAAGCACUACUUGAGUACGCAGUACAGAACCUUAAAACCACGCAUGCAGUUCGUGUCAUUAGCGCGGGCGAAGGCGGACCCAGAGAUGGUACGAGGCAGUUUUGUGACCGGUUCAAACUGCUACUGCCUUACGCUGGCCAGUCGGUGACAUGGGAGGUGAUCUUCCAGGCGCACAGGCCGGAGUUCCCACCAGACUUCAUCUUCGACGACAUGUCGUUCCUGCCGAAGAUUGAGGACAUACCCGGGCUCUGGGACUGGGAUGCAGACGACGACGGGGCCCUGGUGAAGGUGGUGUUUGAGAUGCUGGACGAGUACCGCAAGCACCAGGCCUCCCUACUGGACGACUUUCCCCGUCUCCAGUUUGAGUACUCCUCUCUUGUGCACCAGUCCGACAUCCCAGAGACCAACAUCCAGGUCCACCUAAACAGGAAGAACCCUGGCAGCGCAGUUCGGUUCUGGAUCACACUGCCGGUCGACUUUUCCAGGCUCCCUCCAGUCUUCACAAAGGAAAACUUGUCGGAAGACACGGCCAUCCUCCAAGUGACGUUCCAGACCCCCGAGGGAAGCCGUAUCUUGCCUCAGCUUUUCCUUUCACCACGUGUUGAAGAGGGCCUGGGCGGCACCAUGUCCUUAAAGAUCCCUGCCUUCAGCAAAGAUGGCUGCCUCAUGGACUAUGUGCCGCUCGUCAAGCAGCUGCUUGAGAACAAGGUAGAGCAAGUGUCAACAUCCUUUGCAAAGCGGAAGGAGUAUAUUUCGGCGUUCCUGAGCCUCUUCGGAAGGAGCUUGAUAGAGUUUGACUCUGAGGGCUUUGGGAGCAUCUCAUUCCUUUUUGAGCAUGACGACUUCUUCUUCAUCCUCAACAUCUCGAUCCCGAGAUCGUUCCCGCACGACAAGCCUUCGCUGACGUUCCAGUCCGCGUACCAUGCGAGUGGGGGCUGGCCCUACACCAUCACGUGCACCGACUACCCGUACAGUCCGCGCUGGGACCCCGGUGAAAUGGCCGAUCGUGCUAGAAUCUUCGUGACGGAGUACGUGCCCAACUUUCAGAGCAGCUCUGUCAAGAACCGCUGAAGGUGUACGCUAGUGUUUUUACAAAUAAGCACGAGACAGUCUUACCUGUCCCUUCGUGACCUUUUGAAAAGGGGCUCCUCACGCCGGAUCGGAGUAUCCUGGGAUUUGCGGAGACAUCACCUUGUCUCUGAAGAAUUUCUGUUGUUUAAGAUGAAUUGGUUAUUUUAUUAUUUUUGAAGUGUAAGACGGAAACUUUUUGCUUCAGAGUUGAAAUAAAAUAUUUAAUGCGGA